AUGCUUUCUUCUGAUCUUCGCAAUGCUCUCCAUGUGACUGCAACUUUAUCGGGCCUGUUGAUUCUAUUCACGACCUUUCUUCUCAGCCAUAGAAACAGUCUGCAGAGUAAUCCUGUUCCUCGAACUAGAUACUUUGUCCGGACUUUCUUGGCUUGGCUUGCGGCCCUAGCCUUUGCAUCUGAGUCAUUAUUUUUGGCUACAGGCUCAUAUGAGUUCGAGUAUUCACUUAAUCAAAACAUCGCUGUCGUGUUUUACGCGACGGGCUGGGCCCUUAUCUCUCUACGGAAGACACCAAUCUUCGGGGAAGGGAUAAGCUUCUGUGUGAUUUCCGUUUUCUAUUCAUCUAUUCUCACCGUUCUAGAUUGGUCCAGCAAAGAAAAAGUUCUUCCAAGCAUUCAAAUUUCCCGAUUAGUUAUUAUUUUGGCAUUGUUCAUCGACUAUAUACUCCAAUGGGCCAGCUUCCGACUGAGCCACAUGCUCAAAGACGAGCAACAUAGUGCUGAGGAAGCGCAACCUUUCCUCGGCCAUGCUACAACAGAAAACUGCUUAUCAUAUGGUACUGCUGCCAAAACUGCCGAUCCUCAGUUCGAGAAUUCGGAUUCCGAAUCCGACGACGAAUAUGGGCGUUCAGCUAGCUCCAAGGGAAAACAGCAGAAAACCGGAAAUAUAUGGGCGUCUUAUCGUGAUGGAAUUAAACUCAUGAUGCCUUAUGUGGUUCCCAGGCAAGAUCGCAAAGUUCAGGCCUGUGUUGCGGUGUGCCUGGGAUGUCUAGUAGCUAAUCGCUUUCUCAAUAUCCUCGUCCCACGUCAGCUUGGUAUUGUCGCGGACAAGCUGUUUGCCGGACAGCUUCCUUACAAGGACCUCGUGAUUUAUUGGGCUCUUUACAUUUUACACGACGAUGCAGGGCUGGGGUUAAUUCAGAGUCUAGCCAAAAUUCCCAUUCAACAAUUUUCUUAUCGAGAAAUAACAAAGGCGGCCUUCAGUCAUGUUAUGGGUCUUAGCAUGGAAUUUCAUUCUAGUCGAGACUCUGCAGAAGUAAUGACAACAAUUGAGCAAGGAAGAUCUUUCACAAGGGUUCUUGAAGUGAUGAUCCUCGAGAUAAUACCGAUGCUAUUCGACUUCGUGAUUGCCUUUGGGGUGUUGAUAUUUAAAUUUCACUCAUCCGUCGCCCUUUGCAUGGUCAUCGCAUCUUUUAUAUUCCUUACCCUUCAAAUAAUAACAUCUAGUUGGAACAUUCGGUUCAGGAGAAAACUUAUGAGAUCAAUGAGAAAGCAAGCUCGAAGGAUGCACCAGGCCGUGGAAAGCUGGCAGACUGUGGCUUCUUUCAACAUGUUUGAUUACGAGGACGAUCGUUUCGGAAAUGCUGUCGACACAUAUCUGACGCGAAAGCUGACCUGGUCUACUCGUGAUGCCUUCACUUCAGCAUUGACAGAGAUUAUUAUGCCAACGAACUUUUUACUUCUUUCUUCCCUUGUGGUAUACGAAAUAUAUAGUAAACAGGCAACUCCAGGGGAUUUUGUUUUCCUACUCCAAUACUGGAGCUAUUUUGUUUGGCCGAUUCGAGGUUUAUCCUACAGGUAUAGAUCCAUCAUAGCAAAUUUGACAGAUGCUGAGCGCCUCAUCACCCUAAUGAAGACGCCCCCAACGGUCUGCGAUCAAGAAGGAGCAUUGAGCUUGACCGGAAUAAACGGGCAUAUUGUAUUCGAAAAUGUGAGCUUUUCCUACGACAAUAAGCGACAAUCUACAGAAAACAUUAAUAUUUCCGCAUCACCCGGAGAAACUAUCGCACUGGUCGGAAGGACGGGAUCUGGGAAGUCUACGCUCAUGAAGCUACUCAUGCGUUUCUACGACGUCAGCGCUGGUAAAAUAACGAUAGAUGGGCAUGAUUUACGAGCUAUUACUCUGGGAUCAUUACGAGAUUCCAUUGGCAUUGUACCUCAAGACCCCCUCUUAUUCAACUCAUCGAUUAUGGAAAACUUGAGAUAUGCUCGGAUUGAUGCUACUGACGAGGAGAUUCAUGAGGCCUGUCGGUCUGCGGCUAUUCAUGACAAGAUUCUCACGUUCCCUAGUGGGUAUCAAACGCAUGUGGGAGAGCAUGGUGUGAAGUUAUCUGGCGGGGAAGUUCAACGAUUGGCGGUCGCAAGGGCAUUUUUAAAAGAUGCGCCAGUUCUUAUCCUUGAUGAGGCGACAAGUUCAGUCGACACUGAGACUGAAAACAUCAUUCAGGAUGCUUUGAGAAAACUGAGAGAGAAACGCACAACAUUUGUUCUUGCUCAUCGGCUCUCUACAAUCAUGGACGCCGACCGCAUCUUGGUUAUAGAAGACGGAAGACUUGCGGAACAGGGCACACACAAAGAGCUUUUACAAGCUGGUGGGAGAUAUAAUCGAUUCUGGGAGGCGCAAUUCGGGAAGUCUAGUAGUGAUAUAGUAUCGUUCUCGGAUUGA